UGUGAUGGUGCGGAGGAGCGGCGGAUCUGUUCGGAUUCUUACCCCAUCGUUAUCCCUGAGCAUCGCUGGUGUUGGAGACGCGCGUUCCCUCCCAAUGGCUCUGCCCAGCGCAGACUCCCACUGAUGUGCAUCGGGGCUCCAAUCGAGGACUCCACUCCCACUCCCCCCCACCUCCUCCACAAAAAAAAAAGAUUCAAUCGCUGCUGAAACUGAUUUUCCUCCAAACCGAAACGCAGUUGCACCUUAGAACCUGUCCCACCGACUGAGGCUACAAGAUGCCCCGCUCGUUCCUUGUGAAGAGCAAGAAAGCUCACAGUUACCACCAGCACAGAGCCAUCGAGGAUGACUACAACAACAGACUGGAAAACAUCUUAGCGCAUAUCUGUUCAGAGAGCAGAGUGUCAGAGGGCUCGGAUGUGCCGAGUCUGGACUCCAAAGGAGGAUUUUCACCUGAAUCGCACCUGGUGGGGGCAACCGAGGAGCCCGAGUCCCCCACCAGCUGCGGGGGCAGCGUCUGCGGCAGAGAUGCCGAGUAUGAGGACUUCUGGAGACCCCCUUCCCCCUCUGCCUCGCCAGCCUCCGAGAAAUCCCUCUCUCCAUCCGUGGAGGAGAACCACCCGUUCGCUUUGCCUUUCAAGCAGUUCGGAUGGAGCGCUUAUGCGGGAUCUGAGCUGAAGUACCUGGUGCAGAAUUUCCGCUCCUCGGCUGCGGACCGCAGCCCGGCCCUGUACAUCGAGCGCAGCAGCUCCGCCGCCGCCCUCUACCCCGAGCGCGGUGCCACCUCUGGCGUCUACACCGACUCCGGCGCCGCCCCCCCGGGACACUACCCCGAACGCGGCUCCUCCGCCUCCGCCCUCUACAGCGAACGCGGUCUUCACCAGAAAAGCAACGACCUCAAGGCAGAGUCGGAGCUCCUCUGCACUCGGCUGCUGCUCAACAACGCCUCUUACAAGUGCAUCAAAUGCAGCAAGGUGUUUUCCACUCCUCAUGGGCUGGAGGUCCAUGUGCGUCGCUCCCACAGUGGGACUCGCCCCUUCGCUUGUGAAAUCUGCGGCAAAACGUUUGGUCACGCAGUGAGUUUGGAGCAGCACAGAGCCGUGCACUCACAGGAAAGGAGUUUUGAUUGUAAAAUCUGUGGCAAAAGUUUCAAGAGAUCUUCCACGUUGUCCACGCACUUGUUGAUCCAUUCGGACACCAGGCCUUAUCCGUGUCAAUUCUGCGGCAAGAGAUUUCACCAGAAAUCCGACAUGAAAAAGCACACCUUCAUCCACACAGGUGAAAAGCCUCACAAAUGCCAGGUCUGCGGCAAAGCGUUCAGUCAGAGCUCCAAUCUGAUCACACACAGUCGCAAACACACCGGUUUCAAGCCGUUCGGCUGCGAUCUGUGCGGGAAAGGGUUCCAGAGGAAAGUGGACCUGCGAAGGCACCGGGAGACACAGCACGGACACACAUAAUGGAUAAAGCGGCGAUGUGCUGAGCAGUUUUAAAGCUAUUGUGUCCACUGGUCCCACUGUGCACCAAUGUCCAGGUUCCUUGUAAUCACUGUAAUGCUGAAUCCGCUGAUUACUAUUGGAGACUCUACUUUCAUUCAGCCUCAAACAGUUGCAUAACGUGAGGUUUGAAUACACGAUAAUCUAUCCUCAUCUCAACAACACGCAAACUAUAUCUAAUAUAGUUAAAAGACGCCCUGAAUAAUAGAAACUGUAACCCCCCCCCACCAUCAGGAACUGUGCGAUUGCAGAGACCAAGUUUAUGUUUAAAAGUUAGUGGCUAUUUUGAUCCAUCAUAAACUACAGAUCGAUGCUGUAGGCUUUAACACUCUCCCCACCGAGUUAAUUCAUAAAAGCACAGUGAAGCUUGAAAAGAAAUGGAGUGUGAUUUGGUUGUUAUUCUGUGUGCAAGUUAGCAAACUCAGAUAGGACUCUCGAAACUAUUCCAACAUUUGUAUUUUUUUUUCUGUUGACGUUUUGAUGUGUGUGACAUGAUAUGCCAUGUACCUUAUUUAUUCACAAGAUCAACGUAUGAAAUAAAGUUAAGAAUUUAGUU